CCUAACGUGGCGUAGUGAUGAAAUGGCUGCAUUUGUUGUUGUCAAAGAUUGUAUUACCUGAGUAAAUUUCUGUUUGUAAUGCCUGUACACAAAAUAACCAACAGUUAUGUACCGCCGGUCCGUAAAGAGCCAGAGUACCACCUCUUGGUUGAUCCAAACUCUGGGAGCCAUUGUAAUACAACUGUACUCAAUCCGGGAACUGACGAUGAACUGCAUUGCACGGGUUACCGGUGGAACGCUGGAAAGCUGUUCCUCUACUACACCGCGUGUUUCAUCACCCUUGGCAUCCUGGUUCUGGUCAUGCACUGGAAGCCUGAUUGGAAAUUGGUGUUGACCCAGUCACCAUGUAAACUUGAAAAAGCUAACACGGUCUUGCUCAAGGAUUGCUAUGACAGACUCCAUGUCUCACAUGUACGGAAAGUACCUCCAGAAGAAGGAUUACCAAAUGAGUACCUGAAACCAGAUUGUAGAGAGAAUGGUUAUGGGUCUGGUGCAGAAUGUGAUGACAGUUUUCUUAACAAACAAGAUGCAAGAGUAUUUCGAUAUUUUGUUCAUGUGAACUACCGUUACUACUGGAACUAUUCCAAGCAGAUCUUCAUUCCUCUGUGGGGACUGGAUGAUGAAACACGCUGCAUUGACUUGGCUGAAAACUUUAGAGGCUACUCUGCUGAGGAGCAGAAUGCGAGAUUGAAAAUAUUUGGAGAGAACUCAAUUGAAAUUGAAGUCCCUUCACGUCUACGACUGCUUAUUGAUGAGGUGUUAAACCCAUUUUACAUCUUCCAACUACUCAGCACCAUAUAUUGGUUUGUGGAUGAAUAUACCUCCUAUGCAUCAUGCAUAGUUGUUAUAUCGGCUAUAUCGUUGGCCAUAUCCUUGUACGAGACGCGCAAGCAAAGAGUGACAUUGAGGGACAUGGUGUCCUCCUCAAACUCUACAGAAGUGACAGUAAUAAGAGAUACAGGUGAAUCGGAGACCAUUUCUGCUUCACUGCUCGUACCUGGAGAUGUAAUCGUCAUUCCACCCAUUGGCUGUAUCAUGAGUUGCGAUGCUGUGCUUACUGCAGGAAAUGCCAUUGUCAGUGAAGGCAUCCUCACUGGGGAAAGCGUUCCGGUUACCAAGAUUCCCAUCUCUCAUCAUGACAACGAGGAGGAGGUUUACCACAUAGAUUUUCACAGGCGUUUCACUCUGUUUGCUGGCACACAUGUCAUACAGACACGCUACUAUGAGAAAACGGAUGUGACAGCUGUUGUUGUUAGGACAGGGUUUUCCACAUUGAAGGGUGAACUUGUGAAUGCUAUACUCUUCCCAAAGCCGAUGGACUUCAAGUUUUACCAAGAUGCCUUCAAGUUUGUGCUGGUGAUGGCAAGCAUUGCAGUGUGUGGCAUGGUGUAUGGUAUAUACGCACAAAUUAUUGAUGGGCAAGAAACAGAGGAGGUGAUUCUGAGAGGCAUAGACAUCAUCACCAUCGUAGUUCCUCCCUCGCUGCCUGCAGCCAUGACCGUUGGCACAAUCUAUGCACAGAAUCGUCUGAAGCACGCGGGCCUGUUUUGCAUAUCGCCUCCACGCAUCAAUGUCAGUGGCAAGCUAAAGCUCUUCUGCUUUGAUAAGACUGGAACCCUCACAGAAGAAGGAUUGGAUCUCUGGGGUGUAGUGCCAGUAGAGGGUGACAGGUUCCAGUCGGUCGUGACAGCUCCGGACGUGCUACCUCGGGGCCCUCUAUUAGCGUCAAUGGCAUCAUGCCACUCUCUCACGAAAAUAGAUGGCGAACUAACAGGUGACCCAAUGGAUCUGAAAAUGUUUGCUGCAACUAAGUGGUUGAUAGAGGAGCCUGGGAGUGACACUGCCCAGUACAAUACUCUUGUGCCCACCGUGGUGCGACCCCCUGAGUCCCCCUCUGCUGCUGAGCUCGCAGCUGACCCCGAACUCAUGCUUUUCCAGGUGCCCUAUGAGAUAGGUAUUGUGAGGCAAUUCCACUUCUCAUCCAGCCUGCAAAUGAUGAGUGUUAUAACACGCACACUGGGAAGCCGACAUAUGGACCUGUAUGCAAAAGGUGCUCCUGAGAAACUCAUGUCACUGUGCUUAGACAGCUCAGUUCCGGAUGACUUCCAUGAAGUUUUAGAGCGCUUCACCAUCCAGGGAUUCAGAGUGAUUGCUCUCGCUCACAAGAAGCUAAAAAAGCUGCAAUGGCAUCAAGCACAACGCGCUAAGAGGGGUGAACUGGAGCGUGAGCUAAGUUUCCUCGGCCUACUCGUGAUGCAAAACACACUGAAGCCAGAGACGACGCCUGUCAUAAGUGAGCUGCGUAAAGCUGUCAUCCGCACUGUGAUGCUCACCGGUGACAACAUGCACACAGCUAUAUCUGUCGCUAGGGACUGUGGCAUGGUUGAACCGGAGCACUAUGUCAUCAUGGCAGUGGCAUCACCACCAGAGGAGAACAAACCUGCCAGCAUUCACUGGGAGUAUGCUAUUACACCGACUGCCGAACUCUCGGACAGUGAAAGUAGUGACACUUUUGUUGCGGAGAAAGAAAAACUGCACAAUUCAUACCAGGAGAUAGUUCUAGAACAGGUGAUUGCACCUUGCUAUCACAUCGCUAUAAACGGCAGGUCAUGGACAAUCAUUCGUGAACAUUUCCCAGAGCUAAUCCCUAAGGUGGUGAUGAAGGGAACUGUAUUUGCACGCAUGUCUCCGGAACAGAAGGUGCAGGUUGUGGAAGAGUUACAAGAUCUAGGAUAUAUAGUUGGCAUGUGUGGGGAUGGAGCCAACGAUUGUGGAGCGCUUAAGACCGCGCAUGCUGGCAUCUCCCUGUCAGAAGCAGAGGCAUCCGUUGCCAGCCCCUUUACAUCCAAGGUGCCGAACAUCACCUGUGUGCCCAUCUUGAUGAGAGAGGGGAGAUGUGCAUUAGUGACUUCAUUUGGAGUCUUCAAGUACAUGGCCUUAUACAGCAUGAUCCAGUUCAUAUCCGUGUUAAUACUCUAUGCAUACAAUACUAACUUUGGAGAUAUGGAGUUCCUGUAUAUAGAUCUGGUGAUCACGACAACCGUGGCUGUAUUUAUGGGCUAUACAAAGUCUUACCAUAAGCUGGUUGCCAAGCGACCAUAUGGAAGUCUUGUUGGCAUACCUACAUUGUUCUCGGUAAUAUCACAGAUAGUGGUCCAGGCAGGUGCACAGAUUGGCGUAUUACUGUACCUUAUAUCACGACCAGGAAUUACGCGUGAUCCUGUUCCAAAGGGCGAGUUUGACCCAGUCACAUGGGAAUCUACUGCUAUAUUCACGGUGUCUAGCUUCCAGUACAUCUUUUUGGCAGCACUUUUUUCCAAAGGUCCUCCGUUCAGAAAGCCUUUCUACACGAACUAUCUGUUGUUGGCCUGCCUUCUACUUCUGGGCAGCUUCAGUCUGGUCGUUUUGAUCUGGCCUGUAGAGAAAAUUUCUGACUUCAUGGAGCUGUACAGAAUACCAGAUGAGUUCAUGUCGUUCCGCUGGAUGAUGCUGUGCUUCGUGGUUGGAAACUUCCUCAUCUCCUUCAUCAUUGAGGUAUUCAUCAUUGAUAGCAAACUGCUCAAGAAAAUAUUCAGGUUGUGCUGUAAGAAGAGACGUCCGAAGAACAGGUACAAGGUUAUAGAGCAAGAAUUAAAUGCAUUGCCAGAUUGGCCCCCAGUGAACGAAGUUACAUAUGCUCAGAGCAAUGAUCAAGAUCAUACAGCAGAUGAUAGCAUCAGCUGACAUAAGCUAUUCAUCAGAGCUAUCUGCUGAGCAAAUUACAAUGAUAAUGAGAGGCCUGAAAUGCAUGCCGUAUUGCCAAAUUUCAGCAAUGAGCAAUUAACAUCAUUCAAUGCACUACAUGGAUUAAACGGGAUAAGUCUGGAGAUGCACACACACUUAUAUUUAUGUCAACAAUAAUAGUAAUAUAUUACAUAUAGUUAUAUAUCAGGCUAAUCUAGUAUAUGUGCGACACAAACACGAGCUAUCCACGUGAUUGCAGCUGUAUUGUCACUGUUGAUGUAUGUGCAGUGAGGUUGCACCCAAUAAGUAUGGCUACAUGAAAAUGGCAUUGCCUUGUUUUAAGGUGUUGAGAUCAAAUGAAAAAUGAGGUCUUCGACCAUGGCUUUGAAUGGACUGAUUAACUCAUUAAGUACAAAGUACUAGUAUUGCAGGUAUUUAGAAAUAAUCCGUACGUAAAUGUGUACAGGAUUUUUUAUUUCAUUAUGCUGGAUAUUGUUCUGAAAUUUGCUAAAAGAUCUGCCCAAAUGUUUUAGUAUAGAAAGGUUGAACUAAUGUUGUAAAUAAUUGCUUAUCAAUUUUUGGGUAUAUAUUAUAUGGCAGGAAGGAAAAUAGAAAAUGGCUAUUUUAGCCUAGAGCCAUUUUUUACCUGUGGAAACAUUAGUCAUGUUAGAUGUACACACUGUCAGUGUAUUCACGUAUACAAAGAUUCACAAGUGAAAUGUGGCACACCUUCCUAAUGUGAAUAAUGGGACCAUGUCCUUUGCUGGUUAUGUAACAAAAACUUUGCAUGUUCUCACAUGAAGGAAUUUAAAGGCGUAAAUUAUUCUCAGGCUUUUAUUUGCAACAUCUUUAGCAUCAUUUCCAUGAUCCAUGUUACAUGGAAUGUUAUAUUCAACUUGUCUGUACUUCGUACUUGUAACAGCAUGUGCAUCUGCUAUGUGAUUUUAAAAAAGUAAUAAAUUUAUUUAUAACCAUGUACAAAUUUAGAUUAAAGCCUAUUUUAAAUAUUGUCUUAUCAAUUA